AUGAACCUUUACAAGAAGACGACUUUGAAGCCUGACGACGUCGACGUACUCGCGCUGAACAUGCGCCACAACUUCAACAUCAGCCCCCUUGCGGUUGUGCAUACCGGUGGGGAUGGGUUGUGCGAGAUUCCCGAAACGACCAGCACCCUUCUUUUGCCUGGAGACCAUUUGGUGUGUUUCCUUCCGUCCCAUACGUCCGAGCGGUACAAAGAAUGGUUCGAGGAAACCAUCAGCAUCCUGCGAAAUGAUGUUUGGUUGAACUGUCGGAUCGAGAACGGGCCCAAAAAGCGUCUCAUGCGUCGUGGAGGUGGAGGAGAAAACAAGAAGCGGAAAGCAGGCGAAGUACCAACUCGCCCAGAUGAUGCUCGUGGUGGCCACAAGGGCCCUGAAGAUGAUGCGGGGUCGGACAUCCAGAUACUUCUGGGCUUCGCUUUGCCUUUGCUUUGCCAAAGCAGAGGCUUUGUAGCUGCGACAGCCAGAGUUUCCUUUGAGCUUUGCGAGCUGGCGAUAGCUGGCGACAGCGGUGGCACCGUGGAUCCGCACCAGAAAAGUCCGCACUCCAUGGGCUUCGAGCUGCUUCAUCCCGGGGUGAACAGAGUACUGCGGCUCGAUGCAGUGAGGGCCUUUGGGAAGGGCUUGCUGCGCUCUGCCGGCGGCCGAGGUGCGGAGCCCAUGAGGUUGACGGAUUGGAUCGGGGAAUUUCACAACAGCCCUGCACGGCGACCGGAUGGAGCUUGGGACGCGGAUCUAAAGAAGCAGGAGAACAGAGGCUGGUCCGGGGACUUUAGCUUUGCCAGCUGCUGCCUGGUGAACAGCGCGCAGGCGCUUCGAGCGCCAGAGCGGCGUAGCAGAGCUGAUCGUGAUCGCGUGGUGGGCGUGGGCGGAGACGGAUUCCAGGUCCGAGUGCCCAAGUCCCUGACUUGCUCUGAGCUUCGAAGAAUCAUCCGGAAUCGACUUCCGCUCAAAGCUGGAGCAAGAGUCACUGUGAUGAAAGGCUCUCAGAAGCUUUCAUUAUCGAAGACUCUGGCAGAAGAAGGGCUGGUGCAAGGAGAGCCAACUUCUUUGUCCUACGCCUAUGAGGCUCGACCGACGUCGCGGGCAAGCCUGGUCGCGGUCUGUUUGGGUUCGCCGGGGCAGGUUGAGGCAGUGAGGAAGAUGAAGAGCCAGGCGCUGAACUGCGGCUGUGGCAAGCCGGACUUGAGCCACCCGGCCUUCAAGGGCGGCCGCUUCACCUGGUGCAAGUUCUACCAAUCCAUCAUGCUCAACCAGGACUUGCGGCCCUUCUACAUGCCCUUCCUGGAGUUAUCGGUCGAGCAGCUGGCGGAAUGCCCUUUGGGUAGCCUCGCGAUGGUCCUGAUGGACACAUCGUUGAAGGUCGCCAAUGCGAAGGGCGCUCCGCCCAAGCUCACCGAGAUGCCCAGCUUUUUGAGGGCGAGAGAGAUGCUGCAGAUGAUCUUGGGCAUGGGCCUCUCUUUGGUUGAUGUGACCACCUCUGGCUGGAUGCUCUUCAAUCAGGUCAGCGCCCUCCGCGGCAUCCUCCUCCGCCGCGGCGGACUGGAAGCGCCCAGCGAGGGCGCUGCGGCGUGCCUGCAGACGCCCGCAACGGAGACUUUACCGGGAAGGAUGCUGCAGACCAUGAUGGACGGGGCCAACUUUGUCCCUGUAGGCACCAAGGCCUUGCUCCAGCUUCUCCAAGCGCCGCCCCCGGGCCCCGCCUGUCGUGUCACGGUGCCUGCCAUGCAGAUGCUGGUGUCCUAUGGGUUGCUGCAGCAUACGGCGCCUGAGCCGCAGCAGACGCAUGUGCCAGGAGCUCCACUGGACUCGAAGGAGGAGGGUGAAGUGCUGCUGCGCAGUGCCGAAGUGCAGCUGCGCACGGCGCUGCUGGAAGACUCGGGAAGUCUGAAGGUGCUGGGCCUGAUGUUGCUCUCGCCCUGGCCGAUCCCUGAAGUCUUGGAUCUCUUGAGCAUGCCGGGUCGUGUGAACCUGACGGUUCAAGAGGCCAUGCUGGAGUUGCUCAACCUCACCCAGGGCCACCCUCUCUGGGAUGCCGCGGUGGCCAACCCCGUCAGCGGCCGCUAUAGCUUCAGGGUCAACCCCUACCGCGAGAUGGUGAGCGACAUGGUUCGCUACACCCGGCUGCCCUUCUGCGGGCUGCGGCCUUUCAUGCGCAUGGUCGCCUCGAUCGCGCAGGCGGCAGUGGAAGCCGGCUGCCCAAAGAAGGGGGUCUACCUGGAGGACUUGAGCCUUUGCGAGUUCACCUUCAUCGAGGGAGGCCCUCAUUUGGGCGAUUGCGCCCUUUGGGCUGCGAGUGCUCUACGCCUCGUGGGCGUGCGCGUGCGGGCCAUCGCCUACGAGCCGUUGCCGGAUGCGGCCGGGCUCUUCCAGCAGAGCGUCCUGGAGAACGGCUUCGGUGGCGCCGUGGAGGUGAAGAUGGCGGCCCUGGGCGCGCAACGGGGCCCCGUGGAGAUGAUCCACUUCCGGGGACACAACGGACAGGCCACCGUGAACGGUCAGGACUUCCCUUCCCAUGACCCCAGAGAGGUGGUCAAGGUGCCGACAGAGGAACUGGCGCUGGACGAG